CAGGAGGCGCCGCGGGCGCGGCCAUGGCGGACCCGGCCCGGGACGCGCUCGGUGCCGCCGCCGCUGUGCCGGAGCCGCCGCCCGCAGCCGCCUCCCCGCCCGAAGCGGCGGCCGCAGAGGCGGCGGGAGAAGGCGAGGUGCGGGAGGCUGGCGGCGGCAGCGAGCUGAAGGCGGAGGUGGCGGACGGGGAGGUGAGGAGCGCGGAGGGGGAGGCGGCGGACGCGGAGGAGCCGGGGCUGCAGGCGGGUGCGGCCCGGAAGGUGAAGCUGGAGCUGAAGGAGCGGAAGGAGAAGAAGCAGAAAGUGGACGAGGACGAGAUCCAGAAGAUGCAGAUCCUGGUCUCCUCCUUCUCCGAGGAGCAGCUGAACCGCUACGAGAUGUACCGGCGCUCUGCCUUCCCCAAGGCUGCCAUCAAACGGCUCAUCCAGUCCAUCACCGGCACCUCCGUGUCCCAGAACGUCGUCAUUGCCAUGUCGGGCAUCUCCAAGGUGUUUGUUGGGGAGGUGGUGGAAGAAGCUUUGGAUGUGUGUGAGAAGUGGGGGGAGCUGCCCCCCCUGCAGCCCAAGCACAUGAGGGAGGCUGUCCGGAGGCUCAAGGCACGGGGGCAAAUCCCCAACUCCAAGUACAAAAAGAUCAUUUUCCACUGAGAGAGGCUGAGAUGAGCUUCCUGUAGGACCUUCCCACGUGGACUCUUCCCUAAGGCCCUUUUGGGGUGACCUGUGGGACCUCAAGGAUGUUCCUGCUGUCCCUGCCUGUGCUGGGCAGAGCCUGGAUGCACCCUUGACCUGGACUUUGGGGAGAGCAACAUCCAGGGGCUGCAGAGCAUUUUCUGCUGGCCCAGAUGUGCCAUCUGUGCCCAGAUGUGUGGGUUUUCUUUUCAGUGCAUUAAACUUAUUCUUGUGUUCAUAA